AUGGAGGAGCACAAGGACAUUAUUGCCUUACAGGGAAUUAUAAUUGAUGAUAUUGUAAGGCUGGCCACCCCUGCACUUGAGAAAUAUUCACUGGUGGCGUUUGCCCCAAUAACUGGAUCCGGCGCCGUAAGGGAAUGGAACCCGAACCUGUACUUUUUGCGGGCUGAUCCCAAGGGCGAGCUCCUCGCGCUCAUCCGAUAUUCGUUGAGCUUUUUGCGUGUGUACCGACUGGGAUUCAUGUACCUGCAGAAUGUCGCGUUUGGUGACGAAGAGUAUACUCAUGCAGUAAAAUUGUUGGCAAUGGUGGGCUACGAAUUGUGCGGUGUUUUCACUCUGGAGAGCUCUCUGACUGGGUCGGCUGACGAUGGGGUGUUCAAUGCCACGUGGGAGGAGUUCGCGGCCACGCGCCCGCAGGCUGUGAUUGUGUUCGGUGCGCCUGUGAAGGACACAGCGAAGUUCAUUACGCGGAUGCUGACGGACAAGCGCACCGCUGGCGCCUACCUACUCAGCCCUGGUGUGCUGCAGGAUUUUGUAGUGUCGACAUGGCGCGAAGCUGUGGAUGGCGGUGUCCCGUUUGUUUCCGGACAAAUCCUGACGACAGGUCCCAACCCACUUGCAAAGGACACGCAUUACGAGGCCAUCCAACGCUUCCAGACUGUGAUGCGUGGCUACCUUGAGAGCGAGUGGAAUACGGUGUACAAUGACACCGAGCACUUCCUCCAUAAUGACGUGGAUGGUGGGACGAUGGUUGCUGGUUGGAUCGUUGGAGAAGUGCUGUGGGAGGCGCUGAGCAGCCGCGUGUGGGUUAAGGACAGGGAGUCCUUCAGACGUUCGCUCUACAACCAACGCCGGUAUUUGAUCGAUGAUAUUGUGAUCGGUGACUAUGGUGAUGAUUGCAGUGCUAUUUCUUCUUCAGAGGGUGCUCUCUGCCGUUGCAAUCAGGGUGGGCGGACGGUCUACAUGAAGCGGUUCGUGGAAGAGGACCGCGCUGAGAAGGUUGUCGAAGGCAUAAUUACGUUUCCUCUCUCACAGUGCUACACGAACAGUACUAGUUUGCCUGUGCCGCUGAAUGUAAUAGCUUUCGAGAUGACGGACAAUCCCUUUGCGUCUGCCACACAGCAACAAAUCACGUUCGGCGUACAAGCUGCCUUAAAGGCUCACUACACGAGUUGGCAGGAGCACUCCUUGACGCUAGAAGUCACUUGUGCAGCUGAGGCUGAUGCACAUGAUGUACUGGCGCAGGAGCUAGGGGUGAGACGCAUUCACGCAGUUACAGGUAUCACCACGGACGCUCUGCUUGACUUUCCGAACCUGACGUUUAUCGAUGGCUUGCUUCUGAGAUCACGGCGAAGCAAGUUUCGCCGGAACGUUAUUCACCUGUCCCCGACACUGGAGCAGGAGUUCUUUGUGCUUGCGCACUACCUCGGCAGCACGAGACACGGCACCGCCCACGCUGUGAUCCGGAACGACGAGGCGGCUGCGAUGGCGGAUGUGUUGCAGCGGUCCCUUGUGACGUUUGGCGGGUCUCUGCGGUCCUCCACGCUUCUGGCUGGCGGUGACGCGCUGGGGGACUACCUGCCACACAAGGGCGAUGUGUUCGUCGUGGGCCUUGCUGCUGCCGAUGCUGCUGUGGUAGCAGGUCACCUGGCGAAGAACCGCGGUGUGCGUGUGCUUGUGCUGUUCGCGGAGGUCUCCUUGUUCUACGAUGAGUUUGUUGCUGCGUUCAAUGGGAGUGCUGCUGCUGAGCGCCUUGUGUUCGCGACGAGCCUGCCGCACUGGGCAGACGAGAGCACGACGUCUGAGACGGUGCAGCUGUUCCACGCUGCUGUGGAGGAGAAGGCGAAGUGGACCCCGUUGGCGCUGAGGAGCUUCGCUACUACAAUGGUAGUGAAAACUAUUCUCUCUCGAAUGGAUUUGGUAAGUACAAAAUUAUUGGUUGAUUUCUUCUACAAGAAUGUUGCCAUCACCGUGGCUGAUAUGCUUUACGGACCCUUCAAGGACGGCAAGAGGUGCGGUGGUAAGAAGAACAUGAACGGUACUGAGUGUGCUGUGAACUACGGAGCGACGUAUAUUUCUGUGUGGUCGAUGGCCCGCGUGAUUGUCCCCGCGGUGCCUGAGCUGUUCCCCGCUGUGACGCCGUCGAUGGAGUACGGGGAGCCCGAUAAGAAUGGUCUCUCAGAUGAUCAACUCAUUGGUAUAAUUGUUGGCCCUAUUUCCGGAGGUGUACUACUGGCUGCUCUGUUUGCGUUUUGCUGCUGCCGUGCGAUUCGUGACAACAACAACGCCCCGAAGGAGCCCACAGACCCCGUGACGCUUGUGUUCACUGACAUCGAGAGCAGCACUGCGCUGUGGGC